AUGGGGCUACCUAAGACGCGAACACCGUCCAGGGAGAUUGUGACGCAAGGGGGUAAGGUGGCAGGGUCCAAGGGGGCUAUGGACCACGCCUCGCACUUUUCUGGAUUUUCAGCCAGGCCAUGGCUGAGGAGGGCCUCUAUGAGGGAAGCAGAUGCUGAGCAUACUGUAGAGCUACAUCACACCAAGUUCACCACCUGUCCCAUUCAUUCAUCCCCGUCCCCUUGCCCCCCAUCCGUGCGUCCCUGGAAGCAGAUGCUGAGCAUACUGCAGAGCUGCAUCGGCACCAAGUUCACCACCCGCUUCGGUUCCCUCAUGGCUGAGCUGGCUCUGGACGCGGUGACAACGGUGGCAGUGGAGGGAAACUGCCACUUGCCUGCUUUCCUGCAACCUUGCCUUGCCCUUCCUAACUCUCCUCCCCCUCUGCCCUCCUCUCACCCCCUCCCCCCACUCCCACAGGAACUAGCUCUAGACGCGGUGACAACGGUAACAGUGGAGGAACUGGCACUAGAUGCGGUGGCAACAAUGGCGGUGGAAGUGGGGGGGCGCAAGGAGAUUGACAUCAAGCAAUACGCCAAGGUGGAGAAGGUGCCGGGCGGUCGGAUAGAGGACAGUACGGUGCUGCGCGGUGUGAUGCUCAACAAGGACGUGGUGGCCCCCGGCAAGAUGCGGCGGCGCAUUAAGAACCCGCGAAUGGUGCUGCUGGAGUCGCCUUUCGAAUAUAAGAAAGGGGAGUGA